AUGGCUCGCGUAAGCUCUCAGGCAAUGGUAUUAACAGCUGCCACUACUAAUAAACAAGAGUUGCAUGGAAUGACUCUUUCUUCUGUGUGUUCACUAGCAGUUUUUCCUGAUCCUUUGCUCCAGUUCAAUCUACAUUUACCUUCCUAUACUUCGCAAGCUCUUCACGAAUGUCAAUAUUUGGCCAUUCACUUACUUCCACCAACACUGAAAUCAGCCUUCUUGGGUAGAAUAUUUGCUAAAGGCGUAAAAAAAGACAAGAGGGGCUCAGAAUUAGCUUCCACCAAAGAUGAAUUAAAGGAUGGAGAAGUCUUCCACGAGAUGACAACUCCAUUUACACAGAUACCAAAGUCGGACUACGAACUUCUUGAACUAGACGAAAAUGUCUCAUUGCCCAUACUAAAAGACUGUGAAAGUGUAUUCAUCUGUAAAGUCAAACAAAGCAUAAAUGUAGAAAAUCACGAAAUUUGGAUAGCCAGUGUCCUCAAAAUUAAACAGAAUCCAGAGUACGAAAAGUCGUCAGGAGGACUUCUCUACUUUAACAGAGGCUUUCACAAGAUAGGUGACGGAUUAAUAGAAAGUCUAGACUAA